AUGCCUCCCUCCUCCCCCGUGCCCAGCGGCCGCAAGCCGACCUCCAGCUUUGGCUCGGUGGACUGGCUGUCUCAGAGCAGCCACGUGGAGCGGUCGCACACCUCCAGGCCCGCCGAGGACUCCCAGGAGAGUUUCUCUGCCCAAGCCAGGGGGUCCAGCCGUGGGGAGCCACCUCAGACCCAGGGCGAGGAGGAGGUGAAGUCCUCAGAAGUGUCUGCACCAGGGACGCCCACAGCCGGUUUAAAGUUCUACACGGUCGAAAACGGGGUUGAUGUUAUCCGAUUGAGCAAGGAGCCAGACACCACGCGGGCUCCCCGCGUGCGCACGGCCUUCACGGUGGAGCAGGUCAGCACCUUGGAGAGCUCCUUCCAGCACCGGCGCUACCUGGGCCCCCUGGAACGCAGGACGCUGGCCCGGGAGAUGCGGCUCUCGGAGGUGCAGAUAAAAACCUGGUUUCAGAAUCGCCGAAUGAAGCACAAACGACAACUGCAGGACUCACAGCUGAAGGUCCCCUUCUCCGGAGCUCUCUACACACCGCUGGCUUCCUGCCCACCACCUUCUGCCCUGGGCGACAGCCUGCAGCUUCUGUACCCUUGGGCAUCCCUGCCUGGGCCUCCUGCUCUGGUACAGCCCCCUGGCUUCUUCUGGGGUCCCUGCCAAAUGGAACAAGCCUCCCUGCCCUCAGCGUGGGCCUCGUGCAGCGGACGGCCUCUGACAUGCUGCCUCCCAGACCCUGGGGGCCAGGUGCACAUGCUGGGCCUGGCCUUGUCCUGGGGACCUUGGGGCCUGUGCGCCUUGCCAGACAUCGGGGAUGCCUUUUGA